GAGCCGUCCGCGGGGCCCGCUUUUCCGCCGGGAGGAAAACUGGAAAACUGGAUGACUGGAAAACGCCGUCUGGCAGUUCGGGCGUUCGGUUCGAGUGGAUAACGUGACGAGGAGGCGCCCGCGAAGAGCGCAACGUGUGCACGAAAACAUCCUGUAAUGUGACCGAUUCCUUCGAGUUUUCCUUCGUUUUCCCUUCGAAAAUCGCGCCGAGAAGUCCGGGAAAACCCUCGCAAUAAAUGUCCUGUAAUUCGAUGUGUCUUAAACGUGUUGACUGUUAGAUGUUUAGCGUUAGAUAAAUGUAUUUUCUAUCGAUGUUCGUGACGAUGUUGUUUAGCAAUAUUUACUAGAUUUGCACUAUAUUUUGUAUUAAAUAGUUGUAUAUAUAUUUUGUAAACGAGCCGUUUUUUUUGAACGCGUCGAAAUGCCAGAAUUGAGUAAUAAAAUCGAAUUGAAAUUUUUGAAGAGAAUUAACAAUCCUCGCAAGAGCGAGUGCAAGAGCGAGGAAAAAUCGGGCGGUAAAGCGACUAAUGCGAAUAAUAAUCCGAAAAGUCCUGUAAAUAGAGUGAAAAUCGCUCCGAACGCCUACGUUGAGGAACUGGUGGUCAGUUCGCCCAACGAAAGGAACUGGAGAGGAAUAUUCAUCGCCUUACUAGUAAUCGUCGCCGUUCUAGGCCUAAUCGUCUUCAGCAUAGUUUUAGUUUCGCCGCCCGAGGAGGGGCCCAGAACGAAGGGGAUCAAACCGACGCUGGAGGAUAUUUUCGUGAAGCUGCCGCCUCCGGCCAAAUUCAAUGGAACUUGGAUAUCAGAUUCGGAGUUUGUCUACAAGGACGAGCACGGAGGCGUUAAGCUCUUCGAUGCCGACAAUCUGACAUCCUCCACUAUUAUGACCAAUAUUACAUUUCUCCAAUACGAAGUCGAAGACUUCAAAAUAUCCAACAAUCUGAAGUACAUCCUCCUCGUCAGCCAAAUAAAGAAAGUCUUCAAAUACACCACGUUGGCCAAAUAUCACAUUUACGACAUAGCCAAAGGGCUGAGGAAACCUCUAUCGCACGCGGAACUGGACGAAACCGCCCCCUUUCUGCAAUACGCCACGUGGUCUCCCGACGGCGGCUCCGUCGCCUUCGUCUACAACAACGACGUCUACUACAAGCCCAAGGUCGAGAAGGACUUGGUCUGCAGGAUAACCUACACGGGCGCCGAGGGCGUCGUCUUCAACGGCGCGCCCGACUGGCUCUACGAGAACUACAUCUUGAAGACCUCCCACGCUUUGUGGUUCUCGCCCGACAAUUCUUAUUUGCUCUACAUCACCUUCAACGACACCGACGUGGGGGAGUACAGCUAUCCUUGGUACGAUUCGCGCAACAGCCAGGCGACGCUCUAUCCCAAAAUCAAAUCGUUCCGAUAUCCCAGGGUGGAAACCGUUAAUCCGGAGGUUACCAUUUGGAUUGUAAAUCUAACGACGCCUAAAUACUUGUUUCCGUUAAAACUCAAACCGACCAACAGCGUGGAAACCGACAGUUACAUCACGAGCGCGAGUUUCCACGGGGAUAACAACGUGGGAAUCGUUUGGUUGAAUCGACCGCAAAACACCUACGUUAUCGUCACCUGCAGAUUACAAAACAAUUACAAUUGCACGGAUUUCCACGUGGAGAAGGAGCACAUCGGUUGGACGGAGCCGAUUUUCCAUCCGGUUUUCAACGCAAACGGUACUAAAGUGAUCGUGCGAUUGCCGGUGAAAGACGGCGAUAACGGGCACUUCAUGCACGCCUGUGAGAUUUUCAACAAUCGCGUUCGACCGCUCACCCACGGAGCCUUCGAGCUGGUGAGGAUCCUGGCCUGGGAUGAAGAGGAAUCGAGCAUAUACGCCAUCGGAACCACAGACAACUCGCCGGGCGUCCGCCACCUCAUCCGCAUCGCCGAUCGCAGCCCCACCACAUGGUCGUGCCUCACCUGCCGGCCGGAGGUCGACCUCAACUCGACGUCGGCCGACGGCCAGAACGAGACGGCCAUCAACAACAGCCUGUGGCUGGACUAUCCCUGCGACUACAACGCCGUCGCCUUCAGCCGCGGCUACAAGUACUACGUGCAGGAGUGCCUCGGCCCCGAGAUACCCAUCGUGCUGUUGGUGCGGACGUCGAGCAACGCGCGCCGCGCCAUCCUCGACACCAGCUUCAAGCUGCGCAAGAAGGUGAGACGGCUGUCGGCGCCGCGGACGAAGACGAUUUCGGUGGAGAUCGAGUACGGGUUCAAAGCCCAAGUGCGGCUGUAUUUGCCCGGGAUAUUGAGGGAGUACGAGGACGUCGCUUUUCCGAUCGUUCUAUUGGUCGAAGCCUCGCCGUCUUCGCAAACGGUGUCUUCCAAGUGGGAGCUGUCGUGGGCCUGGUACUUGGCGAGCACCAGGAACUACAUAGUGGCCCAAAUCGACGCCAGGGGAUCGGGGUACCAGGGCGUGAAGAUGCGAAGGGAGAUCCAGCGGAGGAUCGGGUUGAUAGAGGUGCAAGACCAGCUGGCCGUGUUGACCUAUCUCAGGGAUACGUUCAAAUUCAUCGAUCGGUACAAAAUCUGCAUCGCCGGUAAAGGAUACGGGGGCUACGUGUCGGCUAUGAUGAUGAUGCAGGAUUUUCAUCAGGUGAUCAAUUGCUCGGUCAGCAUAGCGCCCGUCACGAAUUGGAGAUAUUUUAAUUCUUAUUUUGCUGAGAAAUAUUUGGGCUUCCCGUCGCGCCAUCUCCAAGAAUACGACAACGCCGAUUUGACCAUGAAGGCGGCGAAUUUGAACGGCAGGAAUUUUCUGCUCGUCCACGGUACAGCCGAUACCGAAAUAACGCUGCAGCAUUCGCUGAUGCUCGCCAAGGCUUUGAUAGAGCAGAAUAUCCUCUUCCAACAUCUGGAGUAUCCGGACGAAGGGCACAAUUUCAGUUCGAAGGCGCUGCUGCAUAUGUACAAAGAGAUCGAUUUGUUCUUCAACGAUUCGUUCGGGCCGACUUACAACCACGAUUGGAGCGAGGAGACGUCGUUUUUUAUAUAACUCCUGGAGAUGUUCGAUUUUAGGAUUCUAUCCAAUUCGUUAUAUUCUUGCGGACGACGGGUUUUUUCUCUGUUCGAAAUUUGAAGUUACCUCCCUUCGUUUUCGUGGUUAGACUGGAUAAGAGAUUUGAGUAUAAGCAGUAGGUAAUUAGGAAAAAAGUAAAUCGUGUACUCUUUUGUAGACAUCUUUGUAUUAUUACUCGUUCUAAAAGAUUAAUUCUCUUAAACGGAGUGGAUUAUAUAUACAAGAAAUUGUUAGACAAGGGGGGUAAAUUUGAAUUAGAAUUAAAUGUAGAAUUAAAUUCCUAUUAGUUUCCAUCUAAUGAUCGCUGAUGUUUUUAAGGGUAAAUAUUUAUUAAAAUAUACAUGGUGUUAAAUAUUGUGAUACCUAAAUAAAAUAUAUUUAAAUACAUACUCCGGAGGAGUUUAUUAGGUAACUGGGUAGUUUGUGAUAUAAUGUAAGCAUUCUAUUUUAAUAAUAUAUAAUUGAUCCGUUUAGAUGAGACAGAAAUAGACAAAUGUUACAUAAAAAGAAAAAUUUCGAAAAAAAUUACUAACACCAUGUACAUUGCACAUUCCAUUUUUUAUAUAUGUAUAUAUGUGCCUAACCUUAGCUUUAUAUCUAAAAAGAAUUAAACAAAAAUAAUGAUAAAAUAAACGGUUAUAAAAUGUUAAUAAUAUCCAUUAAAUUUUUCGUUGCAUACCUAAAAAUAUUCAUUGUAUCUAUUAAUUGUUAAAAUGUUAUAUUUGU